GCGUGCGUCCCCUGCCGUCACUCCGGCGCUCUGCAGCCUCGCGGGCGUGCUACCGCUCCCCACCCGGUCAAGAGUUCCAGAGGAGGCCGCCAGGCGAGUGCCCGCGCAAAGCUUCCUGGGAAAUGCCUGGCCUACAAAUCCCGGUACCCCCCGCGCAGCAGGCCCGAAGCAGAGGGUGCUUUCUGUGAACUCUAAAUCUUGUUUGUCAGUGCCACUGGAUACUGCACGAGACCGAUUCAGUAUUCCCAAGAGGCUUUGGGGGAACAUAUCUCUUCCGCCCGGUGCGCACGAACGGACUUUACUUCCGCAGCUUCUUGGUCUUGCUGGUCGUGGCGAAUCUGCCGUUGCGUCACGGUGGCUAGGCGCGCAGGCCCUCAACGGGAAGCUUGCGGAAUCUGCUGCGGGAAGAACACCCGGGUUUCUUAAGCAUCUGCAGUCAUGGCGGCGACUGCCCCCAGUGCGGGGGGCUCCGCGACUGAGGCGGCGGGUUCCGACGAAGCCCCGCUACAGUACAGCCUUCUUCUGCAAUACCUGGUGGGCGACAAGCGUCAGCCCCGGCUUCUGGAGCCUAGUAGUCUGGGUGGGAUCCCGAGCCCCACCAAGAGUGAGGAACAGAAGAUGAUCGAGAAGGCAAUGGAAAGCUGCGCCUUCAAGGCAGCGCUGGCCUGCGUGGGAGGAUUUGUCUUGGGAGGUGCAUUUGGGGUAUUCACUGCCGGCAUUGAUACCAAUGUGGGCUUUGACCCUAAGGAUCCUUAUCGUACGCCGACAGCGAAAGAAGUUCUUAAAGACAUGGGGCAGAGAGGGAUGUCCUACGCCAAAAAUUUUGCCAUUGUGGGCGCCAUGUUUUCUUGCACUGAGUGCUUGGUAGAAUCUUACCGGGGAAAAUCAGAUUGGAAGAACAGUGUCAUUAGUGGCUGCAUCACUGGAGGAGCCAUUGGUUUCAGAGCGGGCUUAAAGGCCGGGGUCAUUGGUUGUGGAGGUUUUGCUGCUUUCUCUGCUGCGAUUGAUUAUUACCUACGGUGAGAGUUAUUGCCUCCAGGGAAGGACAGUGCCAGCCCAAGAUUAGAGCUGUUCCGUGGAGGGCAGUUUCUGUACCACUCCGAGGCACUUGCUUCCGAGACCGAAGACCUUUGUUUUCCCUCGUGUAGUUGGUGUGGUGAGGGAGCCACCUGGCUGCUUUCUGCCCCCAGCCUCUGAGUGGCCAUACUGUCUGCUCCUGGGUUCUAGCCACGCCUAGUGGGGGAUGUGCCAUGGCAGCCUCUCUCUCUCGGGCAGAUCAGGAGUCAGUGUGAUGACUUGUAGGAAUUAAGCUCCCCAAAGCUCAGUCCUGACCACAGCUGGCCCUCUGGUUGUUUGGUGCUGGGAACAGAGGCGACUGGACGUACACCAGGAAGUUCGGAGCUCCAGGCAGUCAUCCAUCUCACACGAGGGCAGGGCACGGCGAAUUUACACCUUCUCUCCCAUUUUGUCAUUAUGUUUAGUGUUGUCUUUGUUUAAAAAAAUUAUAUUACAGUUUAAAAGGUUGGUUAGUUUUGGGGUGGCAGAGGGGGGGAUAAUGACAGAGUGAGUCUUUGGUUCUGCCCCUGGAGCCGGAGUUGUCUUGUCCCCUCCUCUUCCACUUCCCAUUAUAAAUAAUAAAGGCCGUUCAUACCAUAAAAUGAAUGAAUAAAUAAAAGGUGGUUUAUUUUUAUUUUCAAAUUUCACAAUUCCCAAAAAUGGUGCCAGGUAGCCCAGAGGUUGAGAAAGCACCUGAGCGUCUGGG